AUGUCCCACAGUCCAAUGUCCCACAGUCCAGUGUCCCACAGUCCAGUGUCCCACAGUCCAAUGUCCCACAGUCCAAUGUAUCAGUCCAGUGUAUCAGUCCAGUGUAUCAGUCCAGUGUAUCAGUCCAAUGUCCCACAGUCCAAUGUCCCACAGUCCAAUGUCCCACAGUCCAGUGUAUCAGUCCAAUGUCCCACAGUCCAAUGUAUCAGUCCAAUGUCCCACAGUCCAGUGUCCCACAGUCCAAUGUCCCACAGUCCAGUGUCCCACAGUCCAAUGUCCCAAAGUCCAACGUACCACAGUCCAGUGUAUCACAGUCUAAUGUCCCACAGUCCAACCACAGUCCAAUGUCCCACAGUCCAACAUACCACAGUCCAAUGUCCCACAGUCCAACCACAGUCCAAUGUCCCACAGUCCAACGUACCACUGUCCAUGUCCCACAGUCCAAUGUAUCACAGUCCAAUGUCCCACAGUCCAGUGUCCCACAGUCCAAUGUCCCACAGUCCAGUGUAUCACAGUCCAAUGUCCCACAGUCCAACGUACCACAGUCCAGUGUCCCACAGUCCAAUGUCCCAUUGUUCAGUGUCCCACAGUCCAAUGUACCACAGUCCAGUGUCCCACAGUUUAGUGUCCCACAGUCCAGUGUCCCACAGUCUAAUGUCCCACAGUCCAACCACAGUCCAAUGUCCCACAGUCCAACAUACCACAGUCCACUGUCCCACAGUCCAGUGUCCCACAGUCCAACCACAGUCCAAUGUCCCACAGUCCAAUGUACCACAGUCCAUGUCCCACAGUCCAACGUACCACAGUCCAUGUCCCACAGUCCAACCACAGUCCAAUGUCCCACAGUCCAAUGUACCACAGUCCAAUGUCCCACAGUCCAACAUACCACAGCCCACUGGCCCACAGUCCAAUUUCCCACAGUCCAUGUACCACAGUCCAAUGGUUCACAGUCCAUGUCUCACAAUGCAAUGUCUCACAGUCCAAUGUCCCACAGUCCAACCACCAUCCAAUGUCCCACAGUCCAACAUACCACAGUCCAAUUUCCCACAGUCCAACGGUUCACAGUCCAUGUCUCACAAUGCAAUGUCUCACAGUCCAUGUCUCACAUCAAAGUCUCCCAUCCUGAGCAAAUAG